GUCCGCGUGUCCGUCCCCCGCAGGCAGCCCUGCCGGCGGGGCUGCGCUCCUGGCGCCGGCGGACGCGGGCAGGCGGCAAAGUUUUUUGGGGGAGCCUGGCUGACUUUCCUGGGGGACCCGCGCUCGUGCGUGUCCGGGGGUGGGGAUCUGGUCGCGCGGAGCUGGUGCCCUGGCUGCCUCCCGGGAACCCUUCUCCCAGCCGCAGGGGUUUGUUUAGGAAGAGUGAUGGGGGGCCAGUGCUGGGUGGCUCCGCCCGCUCACGGGGGGCAGCCCUGGGCCCCGCGCUCCUAAAGCCAGGCAGGAGCUGGGGCCGGGCGCUGGCUGGGAAGCUGGGGAAGCGUGGGGGGCGCCCCCCGCCUAGAUGAGGGGGCUGCCCGGGCUGGUCUGGCCCUGACGCUCGGGGCUGUGUGCUGGCGGACCGCAGAAGGACGGACGUGAUGCAGACAGCACCUGAAGAUCCUUUCAGAAUGCCAGAGGAACGUUCCCCCAGGCUGACACCACAGAACGUUCCCUACCAGGACCUCCCUCACCUGGUCAACGCUGACGGACAGCACCUCUUCUGCCGGUACUGGAAACCCUCAGGCGCGCCCAGGGCGCUGGUGUUCGUGUCCCACGGGGCCGGCGAGCACUGCGGCCGCUACGAGGAGCUGGCGCAGAUGCUGGUGGGGCUGGGCCUGCUGGUCUUCGCCCACGACCACGUUGGCCAUGGGCAGAGUGAAGGCGAGAGGAUGGUGGUGUCCGACUUCCACGUCUUCAUCCGGGACACGCUGCAGCAUGUGGACGCCGUGCAGAAGGACCACCCGGGGCUGCCCGUCUUCCUUCUGGGCCACUCCAUGGGCGGCGCGAUCUGCAUCCUCACAGCCGCGGAGCGGCCGGGCCACUUCUCGGGCAUGGUUCUCAUCUCCCCGCUGGUCGUCGCCAGCCCAGACUCGGCGACACUUUUCAAGGUCUUCGCUGCGAAAGUUCUGAACCUCGUCUUGCCGAACAUGUCCCUGGGCCGGAUCGACUCCAGUGUGCUCUCGAGGAAUAAGACAGAGGUGGACAGCUACAACUCGGACCCCCUGGUCUGCCGGGCGGGGCUCAAAGUCUGCUUCGGCAUCCAGCUGCUCAACGCGGUGUCGCGGGUGGAGCGGGCGCUGCCCAAGCUGACGCUGCCUUUCCUGCUGCUGCAGGGCUCCGCCGACCGCCUCUGCGACAGCAGAGGCGCCUACCUGCUCAUGGAGUCGGCCAAGAGCCAGGACAAGACACUCAAGAUUUACGAAGGUGCCUACCACGUCCUCCACAAAGAGCUUCCCGAGGUGACCAGCUCCGUCUUCCGGGAGAUAAACACGUGGGUCUCGCAAAGGACAGCGGUGGCGGGAGCAGGGUGCCCGCCCUGAGCCCCCCGGCCAGCUGUGGGGCCACUGUCAGCAGGCGGGCAGAGGAAGGGCAGGGGCUGGCUUCUCAGACGUGGCUGAGACACACACACACCCCCCACAGAUUGGAGAAACCCCUAGCACAGCUGACUCAGUCAGUCUUGUCACCUGUCAGGCUGUCCACCACAGGAUCUGCCUUAAACGGUGGACGCUUUAUGCAAAAACUGGAGCUCACGGCACUUUCCAGAGAACGUGCUGGAAGGCCUGAGGCCACACGGAGCCCUGCCCCGCCUCUCCUGCCCUGCAGGGUCCCAGGACCACCCCCCCCAACCCCAGCAAUAACUGGAGGGUGCCCUCCCGCCACCCCGCACCCUGCCUGUGCCCCUCUGGCCAUGGGACGCGGGGCGGGUCCACUGCCCAGGCUGACUUGCGUGCCUGCAGAGGCUGGGAAGUGCCCGUGGGCCUACACUGGCCUGCGUCGGCUCUGUGAGCCCUGGGGGCUGGGCUGGGCCGGGGGCCGGGGGCCUGGGUGUGGGAAGGGGGCCCCCCCACGCCCCUCCUGGGUGCGUGGGGGCGGCUGCUGCUCCGACUGCUUACCCGACGCUCGGAGGGCCACUGUGCUGGACGUCUGUUCAGACGGGGAGACCGUAGGUGGGAAGCAGGGGUCUUGACGGUGGAGCCACUUCCAGGGGCCGGAGCCGGUCCCAGGUCGUGCCCUGCCUGAGGCCCCAACAGGAAGGGUGAUUGGGGCCCCCACAGCCGCCCCUCACUGGUGCCCCGCCCGUGCCCCCCACCCCUCCCUGUUCUGGCCGGUGUGGUAAUCGGGGCCCUGCUGCCAAGGGGGUGCUUUCAGUGUCCGUGUGAGCGUGGUGGGGGCACUGCGCCCCAGGAGGGGAAGGCGCGGCCCCUGGACGUAGGGCUGGGUGGGGCUCGCCCCAAUUCUCCAGUGUUGGGAGCUGCUGCCCCGCUGCGCCCCGCUCUUCUGGGGAGGUCCCCCGCCUCCAUUCCAGGGCCCCCCACCGCACGCUGAGCCAGAGCGGGCCCCCCAGUGAAGGAGCCCCGUGGGCUCAGGGGGGUACUGGCCAGGUCCCCACGGAGAGUGGCUUCGUCGCCCUGUUUCUCUUUGGAGGAGGAAAAAAAAUGUAGAAGACGCCCGGGGGCUCCGCCUGCUGCCCUCCUGCACCAAGGAGCCGUAUAGACGCCACGCACCAGCCCACACCCGGCCACCGCUGCGCCUCAUGCGGAAGCGUGUCACCACGGCGGGCCGCUUCCCACGCCGAAUGCCGGGCAGGCACGUGGUCUGACCAGGACUCUUUCAACGCAUGGACUUAUGUUCUUUGAAAGCUUUCAGAGGUGCACAUUCAGCCGUCUUCAGCGAUCUGGUCAAAGAAUCGCCCCAUUUGAAAGAUGUUCCUCGGAUCCGGGACUGUUUUCCUCACCGGGGUGGGCCGGGGCACGCCCUCCAUGGUCAGGGUGCAGAUGGCUGUGUCUGGGGCCCCGUCCUGGCAGUACCAGCGAGUGCUCAGUCAGUCGCCUGCCAUGGUGAACCCGGAACCCCUGGGCCGUGCCCGCCCGGCCCUCGGCGGUGCAGGGGAGCCAGGUGUGCACAGGCCUGGCCCUGAGGCGGGCGGAGCACCGAGGCCAGGGAGAGGCGGGCGGCCGAGCCCGUGUGGACCCGUCACUCAGGCCGCCUGGGCCACAGGAAGUGGUUCUGUGCGGACGGGCUUUCCAGGAGAUGCUGCCCGCAGCCACUGGGGGUCCCGGCCCCCUGGGCCCGCUCUUGGUGGGGACAGGGUGCUGACCCUGGCGCCCCCUCGGCCCUGGUGCUCAGACACCCCGCAGGCCCCCGCCCCCCUCACCGACCACUGACACCCCCCAUAGGACCACAGCGACUCCACAGUUUCCUGGCUUGCUGUCAUCCCCACGGCUCAGCUGCCUCCUCCCUCCCCGUCUGCUGUCAGUGAGGCCCUGUGUGUCGGGUAACAGAUAGUGCAGGACCACACAGCUAACCCUAAUAAACCACGGUU